GUGAGGAAAUCCAACUGAUUAGUUCAAUUGUUCUUCUUUCCCUGUUCCAUUUUUACAAUUACCUGGAAGACACGCUUAAGCAGUAGUAAAAAUUUGACUUCUGUUGGAGUCAAUAUCCAUUUAGACAGAUAAGCCUCAGGCUUCCCUUUGAUUAUACAGACUCACAGGAGAAGAAAGCAUAGCCCAGAAUCUAAAUCUUGUCUCAGAAGAACAAUUAUCCUUUCUUCCUUCUGGGUUUGUACGCCUGCAGAAGACAGCUAUGACAUCAUUUAAGAACUUACGGAGACCUGAGGAUGAAGCUGUUGUGGAUCAGGGGGGCACCAGCAAUGUGGUCAAGACUCAUUAUGAACCAGAAGAGCUGGAAGGGCACAAGACUCUGUCUGUUAGAGUACCGACGCAUUUAGUGUGGCCAAGCCAUAGACAUCACAGGACUCAUGGCCAGAAACGCAGGAAACGAGUUCGGGCAAAGGAGAUCAUUCCAGAAGACCAGGAGUCCCGUGACACCCCAUCUCAGCGAGUUCAGUUUAUCCUUGGCAUGGAAGAGGAUGAGGAGCACGUCCCCCAUGACUUGUUCACCGAGAUGGAUGAAAUCCAUGUGAAAGAGGGUGAAGAGGCCCAGUGGAAAGAAGCAGCAAGGUGGGUGAAGUUUGAGGAAGAUGUGGAAGAUGGAGGAGAGCGCUGGAGUAAACCAUAUGUGGCUACCCUCUCUUUGCACAGCCUCUUUGAGUUGAGAAGCUGCAUCAUCAAUGGGAUCGUCCUUCUCGAUAUGUCUGCAAACAGCACCGAAGACAUUGCAGACAUGAUUCUAGAUCAACACGAACCUUCUCAUGAAUUUGAUGAGAACAUUCGUAAAAAAGUCUGGGAAACCCUCCUGAAGAAGCAUCAUCAUCAGAAUGAGAAGAAAAAAAACAACCUUCUCCCAAUUGUACGCUCUUUUGCAGAAGUAGGCCAGAAAAAGACUGAUGCUCAGCCAGCAGAGAAGCCAGGAAUAACUUCUCUAAAUCUCCAGCCUCCUUCAACCACCCCAGAGAUGAGAAAUGGAUUGAGUCAUGAAACUACCCCAACUGACCUAAGCAAGGCAGAACUUCAUUUUAUGAAGAAAAUCCCUGUUGGAGCAGAAGCCUCAAACGUUCUAAUAGGAGAGGUGGAUGUUCUUAAACGACCCAUCGUUGCCUUUGUGCGCUUAACACCAGCUGUUCUUCUCCCAGGCAUGACUGAAAUUCCAAUACCUACCAGGUUCCUGUUUAUUUUGCUGGGGCCAAUUGGCAAAGGACCACAGUAUCAUGAAAUUGGAAGGUCGAUGGCCACCCUCAUGACGGAUGAGAUUUUCCAUGAUGUUGCUUAUAAAGCCAAGGAUCGUAGUGACCUCAUAGCUGGCAUUGAUGAAUUUCUUGACCAGGCGACCAUACUGCCACCUGGAGAAUGGGAUCCAUCAAUUAGAAUUGAGCCACCAAAAAUUCUCCCUUCACAAGAAAAGAGAAAGAUGCCAGGAACGCCAGGAAUUCCAAACGGAAGUAUUUGCCACGAGGAAACAGAAGAUGACAGAGGGCCGGAGCUCCAGAGAACAGGAAGGCUUUUUGGUGGCUUGAUCUUGGAUGUGAAACGGAAAGCUCCUUGGUACUGGAGUGACUAUAAAGAUGCUUUGAAUUUGCAGUGUUUAGCUUCCUUCCUCUUCCUGUACUGUGCCUGCAUGUCUCCUGUGAUCACCUUUGGGGGGUUGCUUGGAGAAGCUACAGAAGGACAAAUAAGUGCAAUAGAAUCCUUGCUUGGAGCCUCUAUGACAGGUGUGGUGUAUUCUCUGUUUGCUGGACAGCCCCUCACCAUCCUGGGAAGCACUGGGCCAGUAUUGGUCUUCGAGAAAAUUCUGUUCAAGUUUUGCAAAGAUUACAACCUUUCAUAUCUCUCUCUACGAACCUGCAUUGGCCUAUGGACUACUUUCAUGUGCGUUUUGCUUGUGGCGACAGAUGCCAGCUCCCUCGUGUGCUACAUAACUCGUUUUACGGAAGAAGCUUUUGCCUCUUUAAUCUGCCUCAUUUUCAUCUUUGAAAGCAUAGAGAAACUUUUUCAGCUGGGGAGGACCUAUCCAGUCCAUAUGCACAGCGACCUUGACGAACUGACCUUGUAUUACUGCAGAUGUUCAUUCCCUACGAAUCCCAGUGAGGAAGCCUUGAACUACUGGAACAGUAAAAACAUCACUCCUUCAACAGUUCAAUGGGCCAGUCUCAAAGUUUCAGAAUGCAAGGAGCUUCAUGGAGAGUUCACAGGACCUACAUGUGGGCUGAAUGGCCCUAUGACCCCUGAUGUCCUUUUCUGGUGCUGCAUCUUGUUCUUUUCUACCUUUAUCUUGUCAAGCCUUCUGAAGAUGUUUAAGAGCAGUAGUUACUUUCCAACAAAAGUCCGUUCCAUGAUUGGUGACUUUGCUAUUUUCCUUACCAUUGUUAUUAUGGUGGCAAUUGACUAUUUAAUUGGGAUCCCAUCACCAAAGCUUCAAGUGCCCAGCAAAUUCCAGCCAACGAGAAAUGACCGUGAUUGGAUUGUGAGCCCCAUAGGGACCAACCCCUGGUGGACGGUGGUAGCAGCUGUCAUCCCAGCUCUGUUGUGUACUAUUCUGAUAUUUAUGGACCAGCAAAUCACAGCAGUUAUUGUGAACAGAAAGGAACACAAACUUAAGAAAGGAUGUGGCUACCACUUGGACCUUCUCAUGGUGGGCAUCAUGCUUGGCAUAUGUUCGAUAAUGGGAUUGCCCUGGUUUGUUGCUGCUACCGUCCUUUCCAUCAGUCACGUGAACAGUCUCAAAGUGGAAUCUACCACAGCAGCUCCCGGGGAACAACCCAAAUUCCUGGGCAUACGUGAACAAAGAGCUACUGGAGUGAUGAUCUUUGUUUUAAUGGGCCUCUCUGUUUUUUUAACUGCUGUGUUGCAGUUUAUACCUAUGGCUGUUCUGUAUGGAUUGUUCCUAUACAUGGGUGUUUCGUCCCUGAGAGGUAUUCAGUUUUUUGAUCGCCUGAAGCUGUUUGGAAUGCCACCGAAACAUCAGCCGGACUUUAUCUACCUACGACAUGUUCCCUUGCGCAAAGUGCAUCUCUUCACAGCAAUCCAGUUGACCUGCCUCGUCCUUCUCUGGGUGAUCAAGGCGUCUCCGGCUGCUAUUGUCUUUCCUAUGAUGGUUUUGGCCUUGGUCUUUGUCCGGAAAGUCAUGGAUAUCUGCUUUUCCAAGCGGGAACUCAGCUGGCUUGAUGACCUCAUGCCAGAGAGCAAGAAGAAAAAAUUAGAUGAUCAGAAGAAAGAGGCAGCCCAGGAAGAAGAAUCUGAUAAGAUGAUAGAAGCCCCUUCGGAAACUGUGAUUGAAAUACCUGUAGUGAAUGCAAAUUAUUUGACUGUACCAGGAGGGGAAGCAGCUCAUCCACAGAGCAUUUCACCCAAACAUAUCAGGCAUGAUCCUGCAGAUAUCAACAUCUCUGAAGAAAUGCCAAAAACUGCUAUGUGGAAGACUCUGACCAUAAAUACAGGCAAACAGCCCUAAUUCCAAAGCGAAGAGUGUUGACGUUCAGGUCUCUCAGCCUUGGAUGAGGAGCUGCAGCACAUGAAGAUGACUCAGGGAAGAGCCAAGAUGUGCAGGCAAGGGAAAGAAAGACUUCUGCGACUGAGCGGGGCACUAAGAAACAAAUGGCCCUGAGACAUAACUUCGUGCAAAUAACUGGGUUCAUAUUAAAGCCAUUCAGAAGUGUUUUGAUUAUCCUUUGUGUGCUUCAGUGGGCAUUCUAAUUAUCUUUAGACCAGCAAUUCAAGAACGCACACAUGAUCACAAAACGUUUAGUGUUUAAAGCCUGUGUGUGUGUGCGUGUGCGUACGCACGUGUGCGUCUGUGUAUGUGCAUACUUUGUAUUGCAGUUUCUUAGUUGUACAGGAACUGCUGCUGCUGCUGCAUAGUUACUUUCCCCCUUCCCAAUGUUUCUUUCUCAACAGAUUUAAACUGAAUGUACAAGAAUAAUAACAAUAUAACAGCACAACUAUUUGGAGUUCCUUUUUUGACAAUGCUCUCCAUAUUUAAUUGUUCUUUACUAGUUCAUUAAGGGAUUUCACCUGAAUUUUUUCACUAAAUCAUUUUAUAUAGUUGUCACAGAAGCAACGUAUAAGGAAUAACACAAUAUAAUUGCUUACAAACAGGUGGAAGAAAUGUUCCUCUGAGUUGUUUAUUUUUAUUUAAAUAUUUUAUUUAAAUAUAUAUAUAAUUGCUUAAAUUCUGUUCAGUUCCUUCACUCCUCGUGUGUGUGUGUGAGUAUGUGUGAGACAAGAUCUAAAUUCAUCAAAACACUUCCAUAUGGCAACCACAGUAGCAUGGACCAAGCAUUCUGUGUGUUGCUUUAUCAAUGUGUGUUUGUGGUAUGGGUGAAUCCAACCAAGCCAUUGACCUCAGGAAAGCAAAUGAGGUAGCAGGACAGAGGUGUGCUUGGCUUCUGAAGUAACAACUGGCAGAAUCUUAACAGGGACCUGCAGCCAAUGUGAUUUGUGAGCCUUUGUAGAGAGAAAGAUGCUCAGAGGUGGAAGGAGGAGCAGAGAUAUGCUAUCAAAAGGGAAGAGAAAAGUGGCAGAUAAGAGGAAUCCUCGUGGGGAUUCACCUAGGCCAGGAGUCUAUGUACUUCACUGCACAGUAAACAUUUUGAUAUCUAUUUAUUUAUUCCAUUUUACUUCUGUGCUACCUUUCUUGCUGUGCAGGGACCUAAGGCAGGUCACAAAUGGCUUAAAAACAUAUGCAAAUAUAAACAGUACAUUACAGAGGUGAAAGCAAUUAAACAAACCAAUUAAACAAAAAUAAUAUUUAAAAGAGUAGGGACUUUUAAUAUUUUAAAACAGCUUGAAGACAUACUUAUAAUGUACCAUUAAAAACAAUAAUGUAGAGCACGCCACAUUUCUCCUAUUCAAUUUGUUUACUAAAAGCUUGCUUUAAAAGGAGGGUCUUUACUUGUUACUGGAAGUAUUGUUGUGAGUGGGGGGAGGCAAAGUGGCCUCCCAAGAGAGGGCAUUCCACAACCUGGAAGUAGCCACUGAAAAUCCCGUUUCUCACAUUAUCACCAAACGUGCUUGCAAAGCUAACAAGACUGACAGAGGGGCCUCUCUUGAAGAUCUUUAAAAUCCAAGCCUAUAGUCAGUACAGUAUUUCUGUGACCAUUUAGAUCAUGAUGAGAUCAAAUAUGCCCUUGAGAACCUUUGCAAGUCAAGAGAUAAUAUAUGAGUUUCCCUGGGUAUUAACUAAUAAAUUGUCCAGUGGAAGGAACCAGGGGGUUAAUAAGCAGAGGAAAAUUGCCAGUCCAUUUUAACUCAUGGCAUGUGCGGAGAAACACAGGGGCAGAUUUCAAGGAAACAAACCCGACUCCACCAUAAAUAGGUAUAUAUAUAUUGUCAUUGUCCUCAUCUGCCAUUCCCCAGCAUGAUUGGAAGAGACCUUAACUGGUUGUGUUACAAAGCAGAGUCAUCUUCUGGCCCAUCCAGGGUUGGCAGAAAAACCGAGGCUUUGCCCGUGCAGUGGGGGUGGGGGUUGGUUUAUGCUACAAUAAGGGGAAGGAGACAGCUUUCCCGAGUACUUCUGCCAAGAGAGUUGUAUGCAGUUUUGAUAAUUUUGGCCUCUAGGAUCCUUCGCUGGGAUCUUGGGCUCCUCCUCAGGAACCAGAGAAAAUAAAAAUUUGGGACACAGAAGAGAGAGGAAAAACAGGCACGACAUACUGGCUUUUCUGACCAGUCCCAUUGUGUGUGUCCUGACUUCUGCUGUACUUAACUGCAGACUGAGCUUUGUCCUGAUUCCCGUUUGCAGCUUAGUCCCCAGCCUGUUUUGGGUCAUAAUCCUUGAGGGGCAAGAGGGGAUCAAGAGACCACAUGGGCCUAGACUGUGUGGAUUCGUUCAUCUAGUUGCAGCCCCUGCACAUUUCUCUUGCAGCCUUGGUACUGUCAACCUCUUUCUAAACAGUUGACUCUCCUAAGGAUGUACUUUGCUGUUUUCAACACCAGAACAUGUGUUAUUGUGGCCCAUAAUGCAAAUACAAUCUAGGUAUGAAAGGGAUUUUAAAAUGUAUGGUUUCAAUAAAGAACAGAAACCGCUUGACCAAAUAAUGUUAACAUCAGAUGAUAAAUUAAUUAGGAAAAUAUAUAAAGUAUCUUUUAAAUUGGAAAAUGGAGGAUGAACAAGUCAAAGAAAUGAUUGUUCAAUGGGCAUUUUUUUUGGAUAUAAUAUUGACUUCGAAAAAUGGCAAAAACUGUGGUCUAGAAACUAUAAAAUGA